AGUGUGCGCGUGCGCACUGGGGCGGCCGGCCACACGCAGGAACGCCUCAGUGUCCCAGCUCUCUACGUGUGCAGGUCGGCAAUGUCCGGCGCGCUCUUGUUCCAGGGGGUGCUGGGGCUGCUACUUUUGUCUGUACUGCCGGGGCUCCUCGGAGACCGCCCCAUCCCCGACCUCCGGGCACACCCAGGGGACCCCACCCAGGUCGGCCUUGGAGCCAGAGCCACGGAACCCCUGCAGCGUCCGCCACCCAAGGACCAGCGAGAGCAAGCCCGACUUGGGGCUCUGCCUUUGGGGGCGCUGUACACUGCGGCCGUAGUGGCUUUUGUGCUGUUCAAGUGUUUGCAGCAGGGGAAAGAUGAGGCUGCAGUUCUCCAAGAGGAGGCAGGCAAGGAAUCAUUGCAGUCAGAGCAACAGCUGGCCCAGUUGACACAACAACUGGCCCAGACAGAGCAGCACCUGAACAACCUAAUGGCCCAGCUGGACCCCCUGUUUGAGUGUGUGACUACUCUGGCUGGAGCUCAGCAGGAGCUUCUGAACAUGAAGCUACAGACCAUUCACCAGCUGCUACAAGAGAACAAGUUGGACAAGGGUGUGGAGGUUGCAGAACCAGAGGCCAGCUCACCCUUUCCUGAGGAUUUAUCUAUAGAAGAGACUGGUGACAGUCAGGCCUGGGAGGAGCCCCUAAACUGGAGCACAGAGACAUGGAACCUAGCUCCCGCCUGGGAAGUGGUGCAGGGGCUAAGAAGAAGAAGCAGCGUGGCUGCAGCAAAGGGCCCCAGUCACAACUCCAGCUGGGAGGGAGGGAAGGGACAGCAGCUGAAGGUUUACUAAAACAAACCCUAUUCUUGUGA